CGUUUACAAAACUCGAUUUUAUAAUAUUAUUAUUAUAUAUUAAAAAUGUCCGAAGAAGACUUAUAUUUAGGAUUAGAUUUAAGCACUCAACAGCUUAAAGCGAUCGUUUUAGACCAAAAUUUACAACGUACUCACGAAGCUUCUGUUAUUUUUGAUACUGAUUUACCCGAAUUUCGCACACACGGCGGUGUCGUCCAAGAUAAAUCCAAUUUAAACGUUGUUACUGCGCCUACAUUAUUAUGGGUGAAAGCUUUGGAUAUUUUAAUGGAUCGUUUACUCGUAGCUGGGAUGGAUUUUGCGAAAAUCGCCUCUAUUUCAGGAACAGCACAACAACACGGAUCUGUUUAUUGGUUAAAAAACGCGGAAAAUACUUUAAAAACAUUAAAUCCUGAUCAAUUUUUACAUAUACAAUUAAAUGGUGCCUUUUCAAUUCAAAAUAGUCCAAUUUGGAUGGAUUCGAGUACGUCACAAGAAUGCGAAAUUUUAGAAAAAGCGGUUGGCGGCCCUGAGAAUUUAGCUGAAAUAACCGGGUCUAAAGCGUAUGAACGAUUCACUGGUGCUCAAAUAGCUAAAAUUUAUCGAAAUAAACCCGAAUCUUAUCACAACACGGAAAGAAUUUCUUUGAUUAGUAGUUUUUUAUGUUCGUUAUUUUUGGGAAAAAUCGCCCCGAUUGAUAUAUCAGAUGGUUCGGGGAUGAAUCUUUUAGAUAUAAAAUCGAAACGAUGGCACCAAAAAUUGUUGGAGGAAACGGCGCCGAAUUUAAAAGAAAAACUUGGAGAUGUCGUUAGUUCCUACACAAUUUUAGGAGACGUAUCUAGUUAUUUCGUUGAUCGAUGGUGUUUUAGGACUGAUUGUAAAGUUAUUGCAUUUACUGGGGAUAACCCAGCAUCGUUAAUUGGUAUGAGAUUAUCGCCCGAAUGGCUUGCAGUUAGUUUAGGAACGAGCGAUACAAUUUUUCUUUGGUUAAAUGAGCCAAAAGUGUUAUUAGAAGGCCACGUUUUUUGUAAUCCUCUCGAUGACGAAGCUUAUAUGGCUUUAUUAUGUUUUAAAAAUGGAUCGUUAACGAGAGAACGAAUACGAGAUUCUUGCGCAAAUGGUUCAUGGGACCUUUUUAACCAACUUUUAGAGAGCACACCACGCGGAAACUUCGGCAACAUGGGCUUGUUCUAUGACCGAAAAGAAAUUAUCCCAUUCGUUUCGGGCGAUUUUUGUUACAAUAAGCGUGGCGAAAAAGUGACGAAAUUUUCCAGUUUGGAAGUCCAAGUUAGAGCUUUAAUCGAGGGACAAUUUAUCGCGAAACGCGCUCACGUUGAGGAUAUCGGAUUUAAAUUCAACAGCGAAACAAAAAUUUUAGCCACAGGCGGUGCAUCCAAAAACAAAGCGAUUUUACAAGUUUUAUCCGACGUUUUUAAUUCGCCCGUUUACAUUUUGGAUACGUCGAAUGCGGCAGUGUUAGGAUCUGGUUAUCAAGCGAAAUAUGCGUUGUAUAAAAAGGAGAAAUGUUUUAAAGAAGUUACGGAAAAUCUGCCAGAACCAAAGUUAUUGUGUUCUCCGUUUCAAGAUGUCGAAGAAAUUUAUAUUCCCAUGGUUGAAAAAUAUAGGAAAAUUAUUGAUGUUAUUAAUUAUGCGAACUGUUAAAAUAGUUUUAAAUAAUUUUGUGAAGUAGA